UUUGGAAAAACUGCGCAAGCGUCGUUCUGUCAUAACCUGGUCACCUUGUCCAGUUCGGACGAACUCCAAAAGCCACUCUGCCUCGUUCGACUCUUCUCUCUCCCAGUCCUUAAAGGGUUUGGGGACCAGGCAAGCACCCCAUGUAGCGUUUGGCUCUCUCCUCCUCCUGUGCGCUCCAGCCCUGUAUCCCGCCCAAGUCAAAGUCAGAACUCCGGGCCAGAAGUCUGGGAAAGCCGUAGCAGUCUGCCUGCCUGUUUGGGGUUUUGGGGUCUGGUAGUGAGUUCUCAGUGUCUGGAGGUAAUUAAAGACUGGAAUUUGGCGGUGGUGCAAUGUAAGCGGUUCCUAAACUAGAUAGUGUAAUAGCUAAUCUUUUUCAAAAGCCCCUUGUGACCCUGAAAAGUAGGACACUACUGUAGGGUUUGGAAGGAGAACAUAAAGCUCCAGCAAAGACCUGGCCAGCACUUCCCAAUCAAAAUUUAAAACGGGGAGAAAGUGGGUCAGUUUUCAGUAUACAUGCGUGACUGUCACUGAGCUAGACCCGCCGACCCUUCGCCCCAAUCAGGCGGGCUGUCUAGGUACUUCCUGGCUCUCAGCCCGUAGAACUCUGUACACGCCCCCGGUGCCGCAGAGACAGAUUUGGUUCCUAACGAAAGUAGUUUCUCAUCAGCCACUCAUUACCAAGAAAUAUUUGCCAAAUAAAAUAAGUCCCUGUAGAAACACUCGUUUGGGCCUAGAAAUUUCUGAAGGAAGAGUCGCAUUGUCACUGCUUAAGUGCCGGAAGGGACUCCUGUUUCCCAGAAACUUGAGGAUGGUAUUGUGCUGGCGGUUAAUUUAGAAAGAAGCCUAUCCUCGUUUUGAAAAGAUCGCCCAGGGACUUGGACUGAGAGCUGUGAGCCUGUCAAGUGACUUGGAAGCCAUGGAAGUAUCCGAAAAAGAAAUCAGUGUUGAAGAUGAAGCUGAGGAUAAAAACGUUUUCAAAGACUGCAGCAAGAUUGCUUUCUAUAGGCGUCAGAAACAGCAGCUCUCCAAGAAGUCCACCACCUAUCAGGCAUUACUAGACUCAGUCACAACAGGCAAAGACAGCACCAGGUUCCAAAUGAUCAAUGAAGCAACUAAGGUUCCUCUUUUGGCUGAAGUUUUUGGUAUAGAGGGAAAUAUUUUCAGGCUUAAAAUCACUGAAGAGACUCCUCUGAAGCCCAGGUAUGAAGUUCCCGAUGUCCUCACAAGUAAGCCAAGUACUGUAAGGCUGAUUUCAUGCUCAGGGGAUACAGGAAGUCUGAUAUUGGCAAAUGGAAAAGGAGAUUUGAGGUGUCAUAUCACAGCAAACCCAUUCAAGGUAGACUUGAUGUGUAAAGAAGAGGUUGUGAUGAGCAUAAACUCCCUGGGCCAACUGUACUUUGAGCAUCUGCAGACUCCUCUUAAGCAAAGAACUACCAGAGAAAAGGAGGAGAAUGCAUCAAUUGACACCUCUCAGGAAAAUCAAGAGGAUCUGGGCCUAUGGGAGGAAAAAUUCGCAGAAUUUGUGGAUGUCAAAGUUAAUGUCUCUACAGGUCCUGCCUCUAUUGGUUUGGAUUUUUCCUUGCAUGGAUUUGAGCAUCUCUAUGGGAUCCCGCAACAUGCAGAAUCACACCGACUUAAAAAUACAAGUGAUGAGGAUGUUUACCGUCUUUAUAACCUGGAUGUCUAUGGAUAUAAAAUACAUGAAAAAAUGGGCAUUUAUGGUUCAGUACCUUAUCUUUUGGCCCACAAAUUGGGCAGGACUGUAGGCAUUUUUUGGCUCAAUUCCUCAGAAACACUGGUGGAGAUCAAUACAGAGCCUGCAGUAAAGUACACAUUGACCCAGAUGGACCCAGAGGCUGCUAAACAAAAGGGCAGCUCUCGAACUGAUGUGCACUGGAUGUCAGAGAGUGGAAUCAUUGAUGUUUUUCUGCUGACAGGGCCUACACCUUCUGACGUCUUCAAGCAGUACUCAUCCCUUACAGGAACACAAGCCAUGCCCCCCCUCUUCUCCCUGGGGUACCAUCAGUGCCGCUGGAACUAUGAAGAUGAGCAGGAUGUAAAAGCAGUGGAUGCAGGCUUUGACAAACAUGACAUUCCUUACGAUGUUAUAUGGCUGGACAUAGAGCACACCAAGGGCAAAAGGUACUUCACCUGGGACAAGAAACGAUUCCCAAACCCCCAAAGGAUGCAAGAGCUGCUCCGAAACAAAAAACGUAAGCUUGUGGUCAUCAGUGACCCCCACAUCAAGAUUGAUCCUGACUACUCAGUGUACGCUAAGGCCAAAGAACAGGGCUUCUUUGUGAAGAAUCAUAAAGGGGAAGACUUUGAAGGAAUAUGCUGGCCGGGUCUCUCCUCUUACCUGGAUUUCACCAAUCCCAAAGUCAGAGAGUGGUACUCAGGUCUUUUUGCUUUCUCUGUGUAUCAGGGAUCUACUGACAUUCUCUACAUUUGGAAUGACAUGAAUGAGCCCUCUGUCUUUAGAGGGCCAGAGAAAACCAUGCAGAAGAAUGCCAUUCAUCAUGGCAACUGGGAGCACAGAGAACUUCACAAUAUCUAUGGUUUUUAUCAGCAAAAGGCUACUGCAGAAGGACUGAUACAACGAUCUAAGGGAAAGGAGAGACCCUUUGUUCUUACACGUUCUUUCUUUGCUGGAUCACAAAAGUAUGGUGCUGUGUGGACAGGAGACAACAGAGCAGAAUGGAGUUACCUGAAAAUUUCUAUCCCUAUGUUACUCACGCUCAGCAUUACUGGGAUCUCCUUUUGUGGAGCUGAUGUUGGCGGCUUCAUCGGGAAUCCAGAGGCAGAGCUGCUGGUGCGUUGGUACCAGGCCGGGGCCUACCAGCCCUUCUUUCGCGGCCACGCCACCAUAAACAGCAAGCGACGGGAACCCUGGCUCUUUGGGAAGGAACACACCCGGCUCAUCAGAGAGGCCAUCAGAGAACGUUAUGCCCUUCUGCCCUAUUGGUAUUCUCUGUUCUACCGUGCACACAUGACAUCCGAACCCAUCAUGAGGCCUCUGUGGGUAGAGUUCCCUGAUGAAUUAGAGACUUUUGGUAUGGAAGAUGAAUACAUGCUGGGAAGUGCUCUAUUGGUUCAUCCAGUCACAGAGCCAAAAGCUACUGUGGUUGAUGUGUUUCUGCCAGGAUCAAGUGAGGUCUGGUAUGACUCUAAGACAUUUGCUUCUUGGGAAGGAGCAUGUACUGUGAACAUACCAGUAACCUUGGACACUAUACCAGUGUUUCAACGAGGCGGAAGUGUAGUGCCAAUAAAGAGAGUUAUAGGAAAAUCCACAGGCUGGAUGACUGAUUCCCCCUAUGGACUCCGGGUGGCUCUAAGCACUAAGGGUUCUGCUGUGGGUGAAUUGUAUCUUGAUGAUGGCCAUUCAUUCCAAUACCUCCACCAGAAGCAAUUCUUACACAGGAAGUUUUGUUUCUGUUCGGGUGUUUUGAGCAACAGUUGUGCUGACGAGAGGGGUCAUUAUCCCAGCAAGUGUGUGGUGGAACAGAUCUUUGUCCUAGGCCUCAAGAAGCAACCAUCCUCUGUGACCACCCACUCAUCUGAUGGUAAAGAUCAGCCUGUGGCUUUUACAUAUUGUGCCAGAACGUCCACGCUAAGCCUGGAGAAGCUGUCCCUGAACGUUGGCACUGACUGGGAGGUCCACAUCAAAUGACAGGGAAGUGCAUCUGGUGACAAGCACAGGGAGCAGCCUGCACCCGUCUACCUUUCCCUUGGCCCUUUUUGGGAUUUGUGCUGCAUGAUCAUUGACUACUCUGACAAAAAAAUAUCUUCCAUUAGUCAUCAGUUUGCUAAUGAACAACAGAUUUCAGAUUUUAUAUUUUUAGAUGUAUUAGUAAUAUUCUUGUGUCAAACACCACCUGUUCUCCUAGAUGCAAGGAGCCCUGAGACCUGUAUAGAGAUCAUGUCCCUUCCAUUGGCUUCUGAGGCCAUGGCCCUGCAGGAAGCACCGUAGCCCCAUGAGUAGCCUCUCCUUGAGCAUGGCAGGAGGGGUUCUUCCACGGGAGCUGUGGACCACGCCCUCCACGUGUGGUCCCUCUGUGGAAGCUCGCCUCUGGCCGUGCAGCAGAGUCACUGAGCUUACAGCAGCCGCGCUGCUCGAGGCCUAUCUCCAAGUGAACAGCAGCUUCUGGCAUCCCCCACAGCCAUCUUUCACCCCUUAGGCACGCAAAACAGCCCUUUCUGCUUGCACUGCAUACACUGUAGUAACAGGGAGUUGUUCUCCCUAGAGACUGACUCAGGAGUACAAAGGGUUCUUUUCCCUGCCGUGCUUUUUGGGCUCCAAAGUUCCCAGUUAAUUUUCAAAUUCUAAUUUCUUUAUCUUAAUUGUUUUUAUUAGAUACUUUCUACUUAGCAAAGAUUAUUUGUAGUGUGAACAAGCUAUAAUUAAUAAAAAUAAAAUAAAUGCCCACAUCGCACCACUGAACCUCACAAACGGAACACAUGGCUUCGACCAGGGGAAGGCACGUGAGGCACUUACCUUAGACACAAAGAAACGUGUGACAAAAACAUAGUAACCAAAAUAAAUUGUAUUUAAA